AUUUGUCACCUGUCGCUUUUGACAAUUUGCGAAUUUGCGAUAUGUAAAGUAGAAAGAAAAACAAAUAAGAUUUUUGAAUAGAAUAUGAUAUCUGGAAUAUGGGACACCUUACAAUUUUAGGAAUAUUAUAUUGCAUUAACGUGGUGAUUUUUCAUGCUUACUGCAGUAAUAUAACAAAAUUAGCUUUCGGAGAUGAAACGGAAGGAAUGCCAGCUGCCUUUGGCGAUUUCAAUUCUGAUGAACUAACAGACGUCUUUGUUCUAAGAGGAAAGGGAAAAACAGUUGAAAUAUUACUUGCUCAUGAAGAAGAACCACUACUCAGGCGACACACGGAGGAUUUAACAUGUCACUUUACUGAUCACUUGAUAACUAGUGUUGUUCCUGGUGACUUUGAUGGCGAUGCUUUGAUGGAUGUUCUGGUAACAACUAUUCGUACACCGCCUGAUAAAGAUGGUGAUUCUGAGGUAUCCUAUACAUAUGUUUAUAUCAUUUGGGGUGGAGCAACUUACUUGAACUGCAGUAAUGAAGACAGCCCCUUGAUUAAAAUGAUAGGACAGCCCUUAGCAAUAGAUUAUAAUGGUGAUAUGGUGAUUGACUUGUUUGGUCAAAAUGAAAAGAAAGAUCGGAUGUUUUGGGUUUUUAAUAAAAACCGAGCUUAUCCAACUGAAAUACGAAUGAAGGAUAACAGGCAUCCAACAUAUGAAUUGAGUAGGCCCCAUGCUCAUGCAUUUUUAGAUCUAAAUGAUGACUACAUGGCAGAUUUGUUCAUAACAACAAAGUAUAAUUUUGAAAUUUGGCUGGGAAAGGAAGACGGAGAAGAAAAAUUUGUUUACAACAGAACUAUCCCUCAUCCUGUGAAUCCUAUCAAAUCUGAAGAAGCUGUUAUUAUUGGGCAAUCUUUGUUCAUUGACAUAGAACUCUUGGGAAGGAUGGACUUGAUAACACCAGUUUGUUUUGACGAAAAAUGUAAAAAUAGUGCCUUAAUGCUCUAUUCCAAGUUGGAGCAGAGGUGGAUAAAUUUGCAAGUUAAUUUCAAAGAUGAUAACUCAAAUCUAUGGGGUUUUCAUCUUAGGCCAGGGAGCAGGUAUACAGAUGUAAUAACAUUAAGAAGUGGAGAUUUCAACAUGGAUGGUUUCCCAGAUAUCUUAGCAACUCUUUCUCCUGCACAAACUGAUAAUAGUCUUCCUCAAUCAUUUCUUUUAGAAAAUGUGCCAUGUCAGAAUGCUUGUGGUAAAUUGAAACGAACUUAUGCUAUUAAAUGGAGUUCUCUCAAUCCUUUCAAAAAUGGAACUGUAAUGGCAGCUUUCUUUGAUUUCUAUCAAGAUGGAAUAUUGGAUUGCAUCAUAGUGUCAUAUGAUGGAAGGAAUUAUAAAACUGCUGCAUUCAAAAACAGCUUGGAUUAUGAUGCCAAUUUCGUUAAGGUCAUGGUUUUGACUGGUCUAACUAAUAAAAAUAAUGCAAUGAUUAUGGGAAGGGUUGGUAAAAAGCGAAGAACGUACGGAACCAAUCUGCCAGGACCGUCUAUAAGUUACAAGACUACCACUCAGGAGAGUAUAGUUCGACAUGGUCUUGCUGCUCAACUACCACAGUCUGCACAUUUCAGCCUCAACUUACCUUAUUCUAUUUUUGGUUUAGGACGCACACCUAAUUUCGUGGAUAAAUUGACAGUUGGACUUUCCAAACAUUCAAGAUAUUGGACUCAGAUCAUACCCAAUUCUCAAAUGGUUGUCAUUCCUUGGCCAACAAAUGAUCCCUCAAGGUGGAAGGCUCAACUAUUUGUGACUCCAAGUAAACUCAUUUUGAUGUCUGUAGCUGCGCUCACCACACUCUGCGGUCUAAUCACUGUAAUUAUUGGAGUCUUGCAUUGGAAAGAGAGGCAGGAAGAUAAAAAGGAACGAAUGUCUGAAUCGCACAGAUUCCAUUUUGAUGCAAUGUGAUCUAGAUAGGAAAAAAUUAUUUAUUAGUGACUUCAUUAGGUUGUACCGUAAAAAUAUUUAUUUAUAUGUUGAUAUUUUAUAUAUUGUUUUGUAGGAGCUCGUUUUGAAAUUCAAUUAGCCUAUGCAGUGGUACCUAUUAACAGUGGUAAUAAAUAAAUAUAAGAAUUUAAUUGUAUUCAAGUUGACCCCACAUAACUGAAUUUUGUUUUUCUUUCAUAUUAUUUCCUUCUUUACAUUUUAUAAUAACCUCCAGCUUAUAAACAAAACAUUUGAAAAUUUGAAUUGCUCCGAAAUAUUAAUAACUCAAAUAAGUUCAAUAAAAGGGUGGAAAGA